CCGGAGUGCAACGCGGGCGAGCAAGAUGGUUCCCCACGGCCUCGCUCUCCUGCUUCUGCUGGGCGCCGCGGGCGCACUGGCUGAGUGGAAUCCCGUCGGUCGAGUCGACUUCGCUGAGGAGGACCACGAGCGGGCGGCGGCGUACGCUGAUCUCGCCCACAAAUACGCGCCCUACUUGAGGUUCCAUAAACUGGAGGGGCUGGACGACUUCUGCUUCCCGCACAACGCCUCCGAGUACUUCAACGUCCGCGACGCCGACGACUGGUCCCGCCAGUGCAACCUCGACUACGCCACCAUCCAUGCCAACGAAGUGCCCACCUACUGGCACGCCAUGGAGUGCGACCGCCACCUCCACAUCGCUUACUGGAGCUUCUACGGAUAUAACCAUAACUGCGACUGCUGCUCCGGAGAACGGAACGCUUGGUGGGAAUUCAUAGUAGUCAAGGUCCGCGAGUGGAGCACCAACCCCCACAUGCACGAGGUGAUGUUCGGCCAGAAGGAGGGCUGGUACACGAGGAUCGCCGGCAACUAUGAGGUCCACGACGAGUCGCACCCGGUGGCCUACGUGGGUCGAGCUGGCCACGGCUUCUACCACGACAGCGGCGGAUCCAACACCUGCUGCUACUACGAGGACACGCGCAACCCAGGCGAACCCGACCACUACAUGAUGACCUGGAAUAACCUGGUGGAGCUGCGAAAGGACGAGUACGCCGAGGACUGGAUGCUGGAGCCAGGGACACACCACUGGAGCGGCCUGCAGGUGCCCACCUUCAGGGACAACUGGGAUCUGUGCAGUCUGCUCGGUUGUGACGGCUCCUUCCUUCAGGUGUGUACGAAGUGCGGGUGUGCCAAGAGCGAUAUCGGAGACGACCCCUUCUAACCUUCGUCGGAACACUCAGCUGCGAAACCUUCCGAUGUCUUGCGAAUAUCCAUCUGUUUGUUCUUUUACUGAUGCUGAAGUAGCACACUGGUUGGGCCUCCAGGCUUUCAUCGUCUGUUCUUAUUGUAACUUUCUCAUCUUGUAUGAAUGCAAUUCUUACUUAUUUAGGAAAGUUUAGAAAGUGUUCACAUCUUUUAAGAAAUAGUAAAUCAAAAUACAU